UAUAUUGACAAUGUUUGAUUUACUCGAAAAGAUUCGGGUUCAGGCCUUUCAAAAUUGUAAACAUCGUCAUGUCGACUUUGUUUUAUUAGCAAACAUCCGAGUAGUGAGAUAAUCCAGUCUUUUGUGGUAAAGCCGCAUAAAGAUGGUUAACGGUAAUUCUUAAUGAAGAGGGUGGGAAAAGAAGACAGCUCUUAACGUUUUAUCCCUUUGUUAACUUAAAAUUUGAAUGCAACGUUUUAAUUAUCACGAUUCUAUGAGAAAUGAAUAAACGAAAAAUUUAAAUCAAAUUAUGCUGCAUUUAUUUUAUUGUGAUUUUGAAAAAAAAAAAUAGUUUCCGGUUUGAUCCGCCAGAAGUCAGCUGAUUGACAAAGAUAAUUGGAUUCACGUCUAGCAGACAAAUAUACCAACAGCCGAGACAAUUUAGUUGUUGGCGCGGACUGCCUGCUGGGUUUCACACGAGUUGUAAUUAAAAUUAAUGAAAUUUUACUUGCUCUCCAUCACAUUUCGUCAUCAAGCAAGUAAAAAAUUUAAGUUGUGUGAAUAUCAAAUUGUAAUGCCAUUGUAUCCUUGAUAUUUGUAGCAAAAUGUUGAUAUCUCCUUCACGACGAUUUGUUCUGGAAAAGCUGGCCUAUUAUUAUCCAUUUCGUAGCAAUCGAGUUCGAAAUGUAGUGAAAGAUUAUAGUUGUGGGUCUGGCGACUCUAACAUAUACUCAGUAAAGAUUCUCUUUCUGGGAUGUGGUGACCUAAUGGACACUCUUCUUGCAUCAACUGCUGAGAAUAUCCAGCAGUUUCAAAUCCAUUUAAAUGACAUGAAUCCAUCAAUUGUGGCUCGUAAUAUCGUGAUGCUGAAAAUCAUAUCAGCACGUGAUUUCAACCCUGAAAAAGAUGAAGAUUUGAAUUUCUUGUGGGACAUUUGGUACAAUGCUACCUGGCCAGAAAUUACACGGAAGAGGUUUUUGGGUGUCCUAAAGGAUUUGGUGAAUGAAAAGUUACCACAAAAUGUCAUCAUUCCUGAAGGCAGCCAUCUUCAAAGUGUGAAAAAAAUUUGGUCAGCAUGGCGUAAAUCCAUUUCAGAAAACCACUUUGAAUCCACAACUUUAUUUUCAAAUAUGCUACUUAAAAGGAUUCUAUUCAUGUGGGUAGGAUGGUGCAUUAGGUUCCCUGAUGAUUUUGUUAAGGAAAUUACAUCGCUAAAUGGCGAUUCUUUUACUGCAGCAUUAAAUGGACUCGUUGAAGAAGUGGAAAAUCAUAUCGGAAUUGAAGAAUUGACGGAUCAAUCGAGACAGAAGAUACGAGACGAAAUUUGGCUACAUUUUGAAAACGGAAAUUGCAGAGUAAAAGAAACCUACGACGUGUGCGUCAAUCCAACAAUGCUCAACCCAACAGACCAGAGUUGGCAAGUCUUUCACAGUCCCUUCAACAGCUACCUUCCACUUGAUAAAGAAGAACUGUCGUCGUCCAGAACUUGGAUUUUAAUUCGGUCGUGUCAGAAAAUACUCAAGAACCUUGUAUGUUCUUACCGGACUCGUUUGCAAGACAUCAACGUCGUAUUUAACCUGAAGGACGCCCUGGAAUUCUGCUACUCCAACCCAAACAAGUUUGACAUCAUUCACUGUUCCAAUCUCGGCGAUCAACUGGGUCUAGUCAACGUUAUCAACGCAUGCAGUGAAAGAUUGGCAGAAGACCCUCGAGCAAUGUUAUUCACUGAAACCUUGAACUGGUCAAACUUGUCAUCUUCUGUCGAAGAAUACGUCGAAAAAGCCCUUUUUGCCCCAUUGAGCAUGAUCCCUACCAUCUAUGGAUUGCGACUGGUCGAUCGCGUCGAAUUAGGAGCUUCCGCACUCGUCAAUCUGCGGUGUAAAAUUGCUCUUCCGGUUCAUCUUUCCUGGAAAAAGGUCCCUCCGUUUAAGAACUCUACACCGACUUCCUCGCUGGAAAUGGAUCGCUUUUUGAAUCAACUAGCAGAAAGAUGCUUUGAUAUUUCAUUUCCACGUAAAUUGGACGGGACUGAUGAAUGUGGAAUGUUAUGCUACACCCCUCUAACAUUUGACUACGUAGUGAAUUCUUUGAUUAAUCGCGUCGGUGGAGGAGACUGCUGGAUGAACGAUGAACGUAAAUGUGGCGGUUGGAGCAGCAAUUUGUUUGACCUGACAAAACGAACAGCAAGAGCUUGGAAGAAAGGUCAACCGAUUCUGAAUCUAACAGCCAAAAUUCAAACCUGCUUACACAAUACUCUCGAUGAGACAGCAACGCUCCGUUUAGUUCUUGUUCCGUGUGCCACAUUGCAUGAAUCCAUUUGCAAAGGGAAGGUGGUUGUCUCUGGCCCAGGAAUCCAUAUAAUUGACAACUUCAAAAUCGAAACGAAGAAAGUUCCUGAUGGAAGUGAAAUAAUUAUCGUUUCCUUCCUGUUGGUUGCUGACCACGGCCUUGAAAAUACUCACCUUGCAUUACUGAUGAACCUCGUAGAUGGAACGGCCUCUUACGUCUUCAAACCUCUUAGAUCCAUGCGAUCAGCAAAAUUUCGUCAACCGCAUCCGUUUUCAUCCAGACGACCCGAGAAACCUCCAUUCGAUCCUCCCGGCCAACUUCAAAUGGUAGUCUUCAGUUGCACCGAAUCCGUGAAUGACUACCAGCUGAAAAUAAGUAUUCCCUGUGGUGAUACUGUAUCGGGUGUGAAUGUUUCGGCCAAUCAAAGAAAGUGUUACGCGUCUGCUCAUGACAUCAUCAUUACACCGGAUCAACCAAGCAACAUCGAACCUUUAACCCUGUCAUUUCCCUAUCCGAUCCUUGUCAAGGAGAUCGUCGCUCUCCACACGGAAGCUCGCUUGAUCAGUGUAGUGUUGAAGAAGGCUUUACUGGAACCGUGGCCACAGGAAUUUGAAGUGGAGGAAACUAAAUGGAAUCCUGACCAAUUGCAGCCUUGGGAAGAAACAAAAGCGCGAGUUAGUCGACAAAAACGUUCGAUCGGCAUUCCGUCGUUAUCUGCUUCCUGCUUGGCCGUCCAUGUUGCUUGCCAGUUUAAUUUGCAUCAACUACCGAAACCUUCCAAGAUGGAGAAAUCUGAUUUGAAUGCAGUCCGUGACAUAAUCAAAAUUUUAUUUCAAAAUUUCGUUGGUGACAAGCCGCCCAGGAUCAGUUACGUCCACAUUCUCCUGGAUGGCUCAACAGAAGUGCAUUCCGACUGGUACCUCAAAAUUCAUCACCCCGUUCUCACCUCACCACAAGGCAGUCCGAUGUUGUUGGUGUCAGCAUUUGACAGCAGUAAAUUCUUUGAAGCCAAGAAAACGGAAGAGAAUACUAAGGAACUCUGUGUUAAAAACGAUUUCUUUCGAGUUUUCCCCUCGUGGGAAUCUGAUGAGAAAUUGACAAUUAAAGCGGAUAGUAUGGAAUUGUUGAAGCUGUUGCGAUUUGUUUUGAGAAGCAAUUCGACCAAAAUCAAGCCCACCACUUGGCAGAAAAACCAUCUUCCUUUAGAGGAGAAUAGCCCUUGGCUGGCCACGUUUAUUUCGCCCCUCUACCUUGAUGCUCCUCUAGACAAGAAGAAAGUUAAGCCAAACCUUUUCUUUUCGUUAAUUAAACUCGUUAUCUUUAUAGUUAUCAUUUGUGCGGUAUUGUACGCCAUUGGCUGUAUGUUUUUGAAUGUCCUAAGCUACGUUUUCUAAAUUUCUUUUUUAUGACCCACUACACAGAACUGCAAUAUAUUCUCUAUUGAGCUGA